AUGCUCCGUCAACUCUUCACCGCAGCCGCCCCAUUGGCGCGGCUCGCAAGUCCACUCACAACAACCCAACUCUCCUAUCAACCAACAUGGCGUCUCCUCCAAAGCCAAAAAUCCCCCUUAACCCGCCUCUUCACAACAACUAGCACCCUCCAAAACUCGCCCUUCCGCCUCUCAACAGACAGACCAACCUCCCCGUACGCUGAAGAGGAUCCCUAUAGCCAAUACCCACCCAAGCGCCAAUGGCCCCCGGAUAUGUCGAAGCUCUCGCCGAAACACCAGUUCAGACUGGAGCGGAAAUACCGUCGGCGUGCGGCGCUGAAGUAUGCGCGACCCAAGUUUAUCAAGGCUGUUACGAUAGCUCAGUGGGUUAUUAUUGGAUUUGUCGCGAUCUAUGCGAUUUUGUUCAUGAAUUGGGAUACCAAGGAUACACCGUUCGAUGGGAUCCGAGAGAACUUUUUCGCUGGUCUCAAGAGCGUGUUCUCUACACCGCCACCUCCUGAACCGGUGAAGAGAUCUGAUGAGAAGAACUGA